UCUUUCAAGAAGGGUCUGGACAUGAUUGUUCAUUUCACUGUCUGACCCACAGCCCGAAGAUACCUGUCUCAUUUGAAGCAUUAUUCUCACAAAGUUCAAAACCCAACUCCAACUUUAAAUGUACAAUUUUAUAGAAUAAUAUACCGUGAGUAUUUUCAUUUUUAGCUCAGACAUUUCAUAUGUUGCUUCACUGUCUGUUAUUGUUCUAACAAGCCAUAUCAACAUCUGGCUGGCUCACCCUGACGUAAAUGAAGUCCACUGAUACACUUUAAUUUAAUUUUAACAUAAUAUUGUAGAGAAAACGUGACUACCACCAUCACUAGCCAAGACCAUAUGACACUUAACUGCAAGAUGCUGCAGCUCUGUGGAAUAAGACUGAGACGGAACCCUCACGUCUGUACACCAUGAUAUGUUAACUAUGAAGCUGAUUCCGCAGUCUCUCCCUUUACCUGAUGCUUAGUCCAUACGAUGGAUGGUAAAGCCCUCCACUGCUCAUAUUAAUUCCAGGUGUGAAUUGUGAAAAAUCAAAUUGCAAUUGUAUGCAGAAUAUACUUUCAGAAAGGAGGCUGAGAUAUAAUUUCUGUUUGAAAGGUUUUUUCCCCAACAAAAUGAAGCGAUGGGUAUAUAUUAACUAUUAGUUGAACUUUGGAAAAUUCAAUGUUUAAUGUAUGCGAAAUUUUAAAGUUCGAUAUAUAUGAACGCUUUUCUACGCUGAGACUCAGACUUUCACCUUGGAAUCAGGUGUUGGGCUAAAAUAUAGACAGACACCCAAAGCGGUCAGAACUCCUCUGUUGUUGAAGGUAGCCUUUUUGCACGAAGCUCCAAUUCACAUUCUCCGGAAGACAAAAAGGUCCAAGAAAAACACAGAAAAUCCGAAUUCAGAUCCCAGCAUUGCGGCAAUGCAAGCUAAAUAGAUUUAAUUACUAGGAGCAAAAGCGGGUAGUUUUUAAGAUUUCUUGUCCUGAGCCAUCAAUAAAAACGAUUAUGUGUCAUCUCGGACUGUGGAAAUUUUUACAAAAUUGGCGGUCAGGUUUCCUCCGAACACUCUGAAUGGAACACAAACCUUACGACUGAACAACAGGAUGGUGAAUAUUCCUGAUAAUACUCAAAGUCAAGAUUAACACGUGUGGACUUCAUUUUAAAACACCACUGGGCACACAGUUCCUGCCCCGACACCAACAUCUGCAGAAACCUGACUCCCUGCGAAGUUUAACGUAAAGUGACGAGACCUAAUGCUGCAUCCUUGAAAUACAAGUAGCACCCCCUUUACCUUCCAUGCGGACAUGCAACAAAGUUGAUAUUCUGUCAUAUCAUAUCGGAUAAUCUGGGAUUAUCAGCAAUAAUUAAAAUUCAUUCUGUUAGUUGUGUCUUAUUGCAGUUUAGUAGUUAACUUAAUUAGAACCCCGUUAAUAUAAAAUGCAAGGUAUCUGUGGAUUCAAAAGAAUGUUUCCAUACAAUAUGACAAUUCCCAGCUCUCACCUUUCAAUUCAAUUAGAGACGAGAAAUUCUAUGCAAAUUCAUACAGGUUGACUUUACAGUGAAUAAGUUAAUUCAUGUAAUUUGCCAGUACAUUUUUGUAAUCCCCCAAAAAGAACGAGCAAUAAAACAGUGUAUUAAAGUAUAUAGAUGACAACAACUAAUGCGGUAAAAUAAGACCCGAAAUAAUUAUGAUAAUGAUGAUGUAAUCCGUAAUUGUAAGUAUUUGCACACAAAGGUAGUAAUAGCGGAGAAUGCAGAAAGAAAGGAGUUAUAUUCCAAAUGCAGAUUGCUUUCCCAAUGUCCAUUGCGGAGACUCGCCAUAUUGCGAGUGGUUUGGUGCUUCGGGGCUGUUUACAUCGCGGGAGGGAGGAGAGAGUGCCGGCGGACCGAGCGGCUCGGUCUCCCCGUUGCAAGGACGUGAUGGCACAAAUUGUGCAGACCAAUGGAACCCAGCCUCUCAGCAAAACAUGGGAGCUCAGUUUGUAUGAACUACAACGAACACCACAGAUGCUGUCAGAAAAGGAUUUUGGAACAAUUAAUGAACUAUAUUCAGUCUAAUUGCAGUUAUCAGUCAAGUAAACUUUGGCCUGGAAACGAGGAGGCAAUCACAGAUGGAAUGGAGAUUGCAGUGUCACCAAGAAGUCUCCACAGUGAGCUGAUGUGUCCAAUCUGCCUAGACAUGCUGAAGAACACUAUGACAACCAAAGAGUGUCUCCAUCGUUUCUGUGCUGACUGUAUUGUUACUGCCCUCAGGAGUGGGAACAAAGAGUGCCCGACCUGCAGGAAAAAACUGGUCUCCAAGAGGUCACUGCGGCCAGAUCCAAAUUUUGAUGCUUUGAUCAGCAAAAUCUAUCCCAGUCGAGAUGAGUAUGAGGCCCAUCAGGAAAGGGUGCUGGCUCGUAUCAGCAAGCACCAUAACCAGCAGGCUCUGAGCCACAGCAUUGAAGAAGGACUCAAAAUGCAGGCACUUAAUAGAGCGCAGAGGGUAAGAAAGCACCAGGCUGAGAACGGCAGUGGGGCAGAAGAUAACGGGGACAGUUCACACUGCAGUAAUGCCUCCACUCAUAGUAACCAGGAGGCUGGACCUAGUCAGAAACGUGCAAAAACUUCAGAUGAUUCAGGUCCUGAUCUUGACACCACGAAUGAGAAUGGAACGGGGGAUCCUGAUCCGGUGACUGAUGGAACUAAUGAAAUCGAACUGGUCUUCAGGCCUCAUCCUACGCUAAUGGAGAAAGAUGAAACAACACAGACCAGGCAGGUCACGGUUGGUGUUCAGAGGAUUGUGGGCCGUACACCGGUGUCAAGAAAACGGUACAUAAAAACAACAGGAAAUGCUACAGUUGACCACCUGUCCAAGUAUCUGGCAAUGAGAUUAGCCUUGGAAGAGCUCAGGAAAAACGAAGAGGCGAAUCCAAUGAAUGUGGAGACUGUCAGUGAGAAGCAAUACACCAUAUACAUUGCAACGGUGAAUGGUCAGUUCACUCUCCUGAAUGGCUCCUUCUCUCUCGAGCUUGUUAGUGAGAAAUACUGGAAGGUCAACAAGCCAAUGGAACUGUAUUAUGCACCAACCAAGGAACACAAGUAGAUGAUAGCAUGAGGUCCAUGUCAGAUAAAUGGAAAUGGUGCUUUUGAUGGUAGUGACUUGUUUGUCUUCCAUGCAACAGCAACCACUAUCAAGAGAUGUUCUGUUGAAUAAAAGCCUGUCACGUGUUCGGAUAUACAGAUCUGUGACAUGCAAAUUCACAACUGAAUCAUCAUGGGCAAGAGGACAGUUUCCCAAAGGGUUCUUUUAACUUGUCGUGAUAUUGUGGAUACCAACUUGAAUCCAGGAAGUAGAAGUUUGUAGCGUGCUGCAUUUCUGUUUCUUGGUUUAUGGAAUACAUAACAGUACAAGGGAUCAAUUUUCUUUGUCACUAACAAAUUUGCAGAUUUAUUGUAAAAGUCCUAAUUUUUACAAUAAGAUUUUGUUGUGAAAUUAUUUUCUUCUGUUCAUGUAUCUCCCAGUUGGCUCUGCAUACUCUAUAUUGGUACCGUAGCACCACUGUAUUCCUUCAAUUUAAUUCCUUCACUUCUGACAAUGGAAGGUGAAGCAAAUAUCACAGCCAAGUUCAAUCUUUGGCUUCUGCCACUUCUAGUAGGAGCCCCUGCAGAGCAAUCAAAGAUAUGAAUACUGUUGAUUUCUCUGAUACCUGAGGGUACUAAGCUAACUGUUGUGGCUUGAGCUGUGUUCCAGUUAGAAUAAUCAUGUUCUGGGGAUUGAAUCUGAGGCCAUUCUAUGCAGUGUAUUAACCCACAACGUUAGUGGGAGGAAAACUAAAUUAUUAUUUUCUUUGAAGGCAAGUGUCCUUUUUAACAUUGCAAAGCUAUGUUUUCAAACAAACUUCUACUAUUUCAAGCUGAAGUACUACAGGACACCAGUGCAUUGCAAACACAGAUAAAUAUAUUUUCAGUGUCUUUUGAUUUUUAAAAAAUCAGUUUUUCAUGUGAAAUGUAAAAUGAGUAUUUAUGUUGUCAAUCAAGUUCUGGUAGUUAUACCGUGAAACUAUGCUGUAUCUGGGCAUCUACUAAUUAUUUGUACACUUAAAAAAUGAAAUUAAAUAAUUGUUUCUU